AAGAAACAUUUUGCAGGAGUCGCAUGACGCUGACGUCACGUGGAAUGUGGACUCUAUUAUCUGAAAUCAUUGACACGAAAACGAAACUGGGAGACGCACGAAUUACAGAAAAUGCUCCGUUGCCUCUGCACUUGCUGUCUCCCAAAAGAAAACUCCGACAACGAGAGGCAGCCGCUCAUGCGGCCCAGUACAACUGAAUCACAUGGAGUUGAAUCUGCUCGACUAACACGACCAGUAAACGUGGAUGCACAACACACAGGCAGACUGGUCAUGAGGCGGGUAUGCGUGCCAGAAACGGAUUUGAGGUUUUCCAAUGUGGCCGAGACCUUCAAUGAGUUGCAGGAACGUUAUGAGUCCAUGGUUCGACACAUCAGAAACCUGCAGAUGAACUGUGGCUGCACACACAAUGACCAUCUGACUAUAUCUGAAUGCGUGGGCAAGAUCAGAGAAGAAAACCGAGACAAAUUCAAGGUCUCACUAAAGAUGAAGGGCUACGACUUCUCUCUAUCUGUGGAUCCCGUGGAUUCAGACGGAGCCUUGAUUCCUCCCACUCUGCGGUUAGUUCAAGAAGAUCUGAAGUGUGCUUCUGAGAACAGCAAGGCUGCCAUAUCUAAAGGUGCCAUCCUUCAAGAGCUGAUUGGAUGGCUACUCCGGAGCAAGGAUAAAAUUGCUGAACAGGUGAAGAAGGUCGCAGAGACUUACCAGGAGCAAGGAAGACUUAAUGAGAACCUGGAAAACAACAUGAAGGAAGUGAGUAGGGCGAAGGAGUUGUCAUUGAAAUAUCGACAACACGCUGAAGAGGUCCUUACCCAAGCAGCUCAGAUAGCUGGUGUUCCUCUGUGAAUGAGCAGCACAAUGUGCAUUAAAA